UUGUGUUCUGUGGUGAUGACUGAUGAGCACAGAACAAAAUAAAUUAGUGUUCUAUGGUGAUAAGUACACAAUCAAAUAACCUAUAUUACAUAUGAAUGAAAAUAUUUCUGAUUAGAUUUCGUAAAAACAAUUAAAAUGGCCAGAAAUGCUGAAAAAGCCAUGACAACUUUAGCUCGAUGGAGAGCGGCACAAUUAGGUGAUGAUAAACAUAAGAAGAGAAGACCCUAUCUGGCCUCAGAUUGCAAAAGUCUGUAUGCUUGCGAAAAAUGGAGAAUGCAAAUUAUUCGAGAAAUAUCUAAAAAAGUUGCACAAAUUCAAAAUGCGGGUUUAGGGGAGUUCAGAAUAAGAGACUUGAAUGAUGAAAUCAAUAAACUCCUCAGGGAAAAACGGCAUUGGGAAGAUCAAAUCAAAGAAUUGGGAGGACCAGAUUAUCAAAGGGUGGGUCCUCGAAUGUUGGAUCACGAAGGAAAAGAGGUUCCAGGAAAUAGAGGUUAUAAAUAUUUUGGAGCUGCCAAAGAUUUGCCAGGUGUUAGAGAAUUAUUUGAGCAGGAACCUCCUCCUCCGCCAAGAAAAACUAGGGCUGAACUUAUGAAAGACAUCGAUGCAGACUAUUAUGGAUAUAUGGAUGAUGAUGAUGGAAUACUGAUUCCCUUGGAGAAAGAGGCUAAAAAAAAAGCUAUUUCGAAGGAAUGUGCAUUAUGGAAAGCCAAUAAAGACGUCAGACAUCAAAAAGAUUCUGAUGAAGAAGAAUAUAUAUAUGCUGUAGAGAAGUCUGAUGACGAGUUGGAACCUGUGGAAGUUGAUGGAUCUCAACAAAGGUUUGUUGCUCAUGUUCCUGUACCAUCUCAAGAAGAAGUGGAGCAGGCCUUAUUAAGAAGAAAAAAACAGGAACUACUAGAUAAAUACGGAGCAGCGUGAAAUUAAUUUAAAUUUCACAGAAAUUGAUCUGUUUUUCGGAUUUGCCAUUGAAUAAAGUGAAAAUGCU